ACGCAAAGCAAUAAUACAAACACGAGCGGAAGAAAAUCUUUAAUUUCAAUGUUUUAAGUUCAACAUUAGCACUAACUAUAUCUCCAAGAAUUUAAACCGCAUAAGAAAAAGAACAGCGCUCUACAUACAAAUUUUGACUGCUGCCGGCAAAGUAUGCAAAUAUGGAUUUCCACAUACUGAUUGUCAUUGGUUGUGUGUUCGGCGCAUCGCUGCUGUCGUUUCUGUUCAUCAACAAGAUCUUCAGGCGCAAAACAUUCGAGGAGGUUGUGGCCGAGAAGCGUGCACUGAGUGCCAAUUUGUAUGCUCAGAACAAGAGUGGCGGCAAUGGGUCGACUCAGCGCAAGCCCAAGAAGAAGGAGCUGAAGCGCGAGAAGAAGCAGCGCCAGCGGGAGCAGCAAAAGGACACGGCCAGCAACAAUGAUCAGGAGGAACAGGACGACUAUUCCGAUGGGCAUUCCGAGGAGCAGGGCUCGGUUGGACUGGAAGAGGAUACACAGCCCGGAUUAUCCAAGCAGCAUGUGGAAUUCGAGCCAGAUCCAGAGGUCAUGACCGAGGACGAGCGCCGCUCAAGCAAUGCCGAAAAGGAAAAUCAACCCAACAACAACAAUAACAACAAUAGCAAAAAAGGUAAAAAGGACAAGCGCAACGUUGCCGGAUCCAAGCCAGCUGUUGGAAUUCUGGUAAACAAGAACGAACCCGUUUCCGUUCGGCAAACCCCUGUAGAGGAAACGCCGGCUCUAAACAACUUUGAGGUGCGUGCGCCCAAAGAUGUGGUCGAGCUGAAGAAACAGGAGCAAAAGGAGCGCAAAGAGGACAACAACAACAGCGCCAACACCAAGCAGCAGGCACAAAAGAAAAACGGCAGCGCUGCCAAAAAGGAGAAGCCACCAGUUGCCGUCGCGCUGCUCAGCGCUGCCAUGGAACAGCCCGUGGAGGUGCCGCAUGUGCCCAAGCAGAUAAGUCUCAAGCAGCAGCAACAGCCAACUGGCUCACCCAAGCAGCACAACAAUGUGAACAAGAACAAGCAGCAGCAGAAUUCGCAUGCUGGCAAGAAGCAAAAGGAGACGUCCUUGACCGCCAAGGAUUUGGUGCAGGCUCUGGACAAGCUCGCCGAGCAUCAGACUAUCGGUGUUUCCGCGCUGAUGAAUGUUUUUGCGCGUGCCGAACUGAAUCGUUCCGAGAUACAAAUACUCAUUGAUUAUCUGCUUAACAAGCAGCAAGAUAUGCCCGCCAAUCACGGCGAGUGGUCCGAUGACAUAUGCCAGAAGCUGAGGCGUCAGCUGCAGGAGAAGGAGAAGCAACUAGCCGAGGAGCAGGAGGCUUCCAUUGGCAUCCAAGCCAAGCUGCGUGAACUGCGUCAGGAGAUUAACACGGAGCGCGCCCAAAUACACAGUCGCAGCCAGGCGUACAAUGAGAAGCUGCAAAGCAAAGAUCAGGAGCUCGCGGCGCUCAAUCAGGAGCUGGCCAGUGCCAAUGAGAAACUGGCAUUGGAACGCCAACAGUUCCAGGCGAAGCUGCUGCGCGAAAAGCAGGCCAGCUCGCAGGAUCUGCUGCCGCAGCUGCAGCGCCUACAGCAAGAUCUUGCGCACAAAGAGAAGAUCAUUGCGGACAUGACCAGCUUUGUAAAUGCCGAGGCACAGCAGAAGAACGAAGUCAUGCAGCAGCAGGCCCAGCAGCUGAACGCCUUAGAGCAGCAGCGCGACGAACUGGAGGCGCGCCUCAACAACAGCGUGUUUGAGCUGGAGCAGCGCAAGCAGCUCGAAACGGAGAACGCCGAACUCAAAGAGGAACUGCGUAAUCUGAACAAUGCUCUGGAGUCUGCCAAGGCUGAGCUGGCCCAGUCUCAAGGCGAGCUAGCUCGCGUCUGCAGCACAGAACUGCCUGGGCUACGUCAACAGGCGGCCUCACUCGAAGCCAGCAAUGUCAGUCUUAACCAGCAGCUCAGCCAGGCCAACAGCCAGGCAGUGCAGGCCUCCGCGCAGCAGUCGGAGCAGGCUCAGGCGCAGUCCGAGGCGCUGACCACCCUACAGGCAGAGCUGCGCACGCUCACUGAUGUGCAGGCCACGCAACAGCAACAGACCACCGAUCUGCGUUCCCAGCUCCAGGAGGCGCAACAGCGCGCCGAGCAGCUGCAGGCCAGGGAGCGACAGCUGGAGCAGGAGCUGCAGGAGCAGCGCGAGAAAAAUAAUGACGUUCGUAUGAAAAAUUGGAAGUUGAUUGAAGCGUUGCAAAAUGCCGAAGCAACCGCCAGAACCACAACAACAGCAAAGACGAAAACAAAUACAGCGCAAAGUUUAGGCCAACAACAUAAACAGUUGCAGCAGCAGCAGCAGCAUCAAGAGCAGCAGCUAAAGGCAGCUGCCGCCAAUGGAGGCGAGCUGAGCGCGGCCGCCAGCAGCUCGGCAAAGGCUGAACAGCAGCGCAUACGUGAGCUGUACCAGCGCUUGUAUCCUGAUGCUGUGAAGGCACAUGCUGCCAACGCACUGAAUGCCUCCUUCGACGAGUGGCUCGAGCAGGUGCUCGCCACACACAUCAAGCAGCAACAGAAGCAGCAGCAGCUGCCGGCAGCGCAGAGCAGUAGUCAUAAGUCCACACAAUCAAGCAACAGCGGCGGCAGCAGCAACAGCGACCACAAUAGCACCACCCACAACAAUAUUAGUAGCAAUAAUAGUAAUUCGAAUAGCAAAUCUUCCGCUAGUGCUAGUGCUGCCGAGCAGCAGGAGCUGCACACACAGAACCUAAAGCUGCGCAAGCGCAACGAUGAGCUCACGCAGCUGGUCACAAAGACGAGCAACACUCUGGUGGACUUGGAGCAGCGGGCACGCGAACAGGACGAGCACUGGCGCGGCAUUGUCAGUCAAAAGGAUCAGCUCAUAUCCAAGCUGCAGCAGCAUGCCUCAAAUGGCGAGCAGGACAUUUAAUGUCGCCGCGACAAAGCGCCGCCCUUAAUAAAUAGCAGAACCACAACGAUAAUUGACAACAAUCUUAACGUUUGUCGAACUUCCAAAAAGAAAAAAAAACUACAACAACCACAACAACAAUUCUAACAAUCUAUUAAGUUUAAAGUUUAAUAUUACAUAUAUUUGAAGCAUAACACAAAAAAAACAACAAAAAAAUACAAAAAAAAAAACUACA